AUGUCUAAAAAAUAUAUCCUUCUACCUUUUCUUCUCCUAAUCAUAUUUGUCUCUUCAUCUCAAGCAAGUCGGCAACUCUGGGAUAGUGAAUUCCACGACUUUUUCUCCAAAUCCGGGUUCCAUGGGAUUAAUAAGGUUCACGGGAUUCAUGGGUUUCAUGGGUUUCAUCAUGGGACUCAUGGGAUGCCUAAGUUUCCCGGAACUGGAAGUUUUAUUAGUGGGGAACAUACAUGCAGCAUGCAAGGACCUUGUAAAGGUAAGAAGUUGAAGUGUCCUGAGACGUGCUACAAAUCAACCAACGUUAACAAGGAAGGUUACAAAAGCACUAGCAAAAGCGGAGGAUGUUCAUUUGACUGUACGACAAAGUGUAGCGCCACUUGUUCAUCAUAA